UCCUCCGUGGCUCCCAAUCCGCCGCCGCGCCCCGCCCCGCCCCUCCCAUCCGCCAAACCCCUCCGCCGUUCACGCGCGCCGUCGCCGCCACCGCCGUUCCCGUUCAACCUCGCCGCGUCCCCGCCUUCUCAACCGAUUUGGUUUCCGAGAGAGGUUGGAUAAAUUUUUGAUCGUAUUGACAUGCAAAGGUGAAGGGGGAAUUCAUCUGCAACUGCAAUAACUUGUGGUGGGAUAACAUGGUUGACAUGAACUCUGAUCACAUUUUUGAGGUUCCUGACACUCCUGACCGAAUACAGCAGCCAACAUGCCCUGUAUCUAGCUCAGCUGCUACGAGAGGUAUUACAGCAGUCAACAUUUUUGAGGUUCCUGACACUCCUGACCGAGUGCAGCUGUCAAGAUACCCUGUAUCGAGCUCAGCUGCUACGAGAGGCAUUACAAGGAUGCCUGGAGAUCCUUCACCAAACCGCAUAAUGAAAUUUAAGAUCAAGAAUUAUUCCUCCAACCAGGGUCAUUCAAGUAGAGGGAGCGGAACUGGUGAACUGCGUGCACCCUUAGCAACCGGGGAUUUGUUUAAACAAGCUGAAGUGGCACGGUUGUUGCCAGAAGCAAAACAAUCCCCACCAAAAUUAGAUAGGGCUACUGGAAAAUCUGUUGCGAAUGGCUAUGGGGCUCGCACUCUUAGUUUGGGUCAGAGCAGCAGCAUUUCAAACAACAUGAUAUCGGGCGCUGGAGUAAGCGGCAAUAGCUGCCAAAUCAGAGAAGGGAAGUUUAGUCAUCGAGAUGCAAGCCGCCGGAACAUGGACUUUCUUGGUGUGGGAUCAAGUCUUCCUACUAUGCCAGUGGGAAAACCACAGAACAGAACAAAAAGUAGCACCUCUAGUGGGCUGAAGGAAGCAGUAGGUACUGAUGAUUUUUCACGAUCGAGUUCCAGUGGGGACAAAAGGGAAGCGGUCAAUUUCAAGGGUACAACAGGGCUCUCAAGUCUUACACCAUGUGAUGUUCCUAAUAAACAUGUGGGACAAAGAAAGUGGGUGCGGAAUGGUUUUAUUUCUCCCUCUAACAUAGUCCAAAGAAGUCUAAAAGCUGAUGAAAAGCAGGAAAUGUGCUCUACAAGUGGAGUCUUACACUGGCCAGAUCCUCGGGCUGAUGUUUCCCAUGAAGGAAAUAUAAUUGAUCUUACUGAUUCACCAACAGUAACAAGGAAAGGAAACACAGCAACUGAUCGGUUGAUCUCUGUAAACAAUAUGCGAACAGAUGCGUCCGAAAAGAUCAGAAUGACCAGAGCUGUGGGGAGUCUAGUUCCACAGGGUGCAAAUCAAGCAAGCAGCAGUCAUUGUUCUGAAGGUUUUAACAACAAAGGCAAAGAAACUAUCCAUGAUCUCAUGCACACCGAACGGUCUGGAGAGGAUAAUACAAUGAGGGUUUGUCCAAGAGCUGUAGUAGAUUCUUCUGCUGUAAACGGCGAUAUUUCUGGCAUAAGUUCUCAGCAAGGUUGGCGAAGAACACAUAAUCACACUAGUAAGUUAUCCAGGUCAUUAUUGGAUACGAUGACCACUAGUUGUGGAAUAGAAUCUGGAUCUUCUGGGCCAUCUAAUCAUGGUCAUGAAACUGCAGUAGGAGACAGCAAUAACUCAUUUAGUGCAGCAACAACUACACGGUCAACAAGUAGGACUACAAAGAUCAGUAAAGGAAAGAGGAAACUCACCUCAAGUUCCUAUUAUCCUGGUGAUAGCUCUAGUUCUCUUCAUGAACAUAGUGGUUCAUGUCUUGCAUCUUCAGACAUGACAGCUGGCAGAAAUCAUACCACAGUUUGUCACGAUACUCCUGUAAUAGAUAUUGAUGACCUAUAUUCCCCUGAAGUUAGACCUCAUUUGAGGGGCAACCAUCAUGGAACCUCGAUUGGUCCUAACAUAAGUGCACAGUUGGAGGCUGAUGAAAUGUUGGCUCGGCAACUUCAGGAGCAGCUUUACAAUGAAACACCACGUGUUGCUCCUAGAGAAGAUAUUGAUGCAAUCGUUGCAAUGUCACUUCAACAUGAAGAAGAUGCAGUGCGGACAUCCAGACACGUUAGGAGGUUUCAAAAUGAAACACCACGUGUUGCUCCUAGAGAAGAUAUUGAUGCAAUCAUGGCAAUGUCACUUCAACAUGAAGAAGAUGCAGUGCGGACAUCCAGACCCGCAAGGAGGUUUCAAAAUGAUACUAGAGCUGCAAGAGCAUCCCGCUCGAGUGCUGCUCAGCGUGCGAUCAGGGCUAGAUAUGAGACGGCAAUUUCUGAUAUGCGGAAUGCGGCUCCAAUAACUUUGGGACUGAGGGCUAUGAUUCCCGGAUAUCCUGGAUUGCGUAUUCAACCUAAUAUUGAUUUAAAUGAUUACGACGCGUUACUUGCAUUAGAUGAGAAUAACCACCAGCACACUGGUGCUUCAGAAAGUCAGAUCAAUAACUUGCCACAGUCGGUAUUUCAGUCAGCUAGCACUGAAGAGCCUUGCGCAGUAUGCCUUGAGAAUCCCUCUGUCGGAGAUACCAUCCGCACUUUGCCAUGCUUUCAUAAGUUCCAUAAAGAUUGCAUCGACGAAUGGCUGAGAAGGAAGAAACUCUGCCCAGUUUGCAAGUGCGGGAUUACAAGAAGUUAGCCAAUGCCAAUUUUCGUGCAUCCGCAAUCUGUCAGCUGCUUGUGUGGUUGCAUUUUUCCGUCAGUAGUGAUACAGAUCGGAGGCUGCACUUGGCUGCAUCAUGUGCCAAUGCCCCGAUGUGCCUUUGUUCGCACAAAUCAUACUUAAUAAUCAAUAUUUAGCAUGUUUACUGCAGUAAUUUGUAUAUACAUGUUUCUUUUUUCA